GCAUCAAGCCAGAUAUAAUGCACAUUGUGCAUCUUGCUCUGGCACCAGAUGCAGCAGCCAGUGUGCUGCUUGAUUUGACCGACACUGACAUGUACUUUGAAGGGUCAAGUCGCGAUGACAGACUUUACAAGAUCUGGGUCUCCUACAAAACCUUUUGUGAGGACGAGCGUAUUCCGGAUCGAGCAGCGCGACGCCUGUUCACAAAUCAGAUCCUCAAUCCAGGGCGAGGAAAGUUUCCAGAGAUUUCCCAGAAGGUCAUAUCAGCAAUGGCCGCCAGAUAUUUGUUGUUCUGGAUGUCCGGAUUUCUAAGAGGCUUGGUACAAGCUGGGUUCUCUGAGGAGAGAUUGAUGUAUAGCUCAGCGGCAAUCGGGGCAUUGGCUGCGAUGGAACUGAUCAUGCUGCGGGAAGAUCGCGUGCUGACAGAGCUCGCCUGCGCAGAGUUCAAACGCGCUUACUUGACCUUUCGGUCAGGUUUGAACUGGCUAGCAGAGGAAAGUUUGCAAAAGAGCCAGGCUCGUUGGAAACUCCGUCCGAAGAUACAUCAGUUGGCCCAUUUGGCGCACGACUUCUUACCCAUGAAUCCGCGGACGUACAGCAACUUUUUGGACGAAGAUUUCAACGGAAAAACGAAGCGUGUGGCACAGGCCACGCAUCCGCUCUAUAUGAGCAAACAAGUUGCAGAGCGGUAUGCUGUUGGCGUCACGCUCCGCUGGUCAAACCGAGGGUUGCGAUGA